GGAGUUGUGUGUAGCCACCUCCGGAGAUUGCUUUUGGUCAGGAGCGCUGCAGCGGUGGCUGUAAAAAGGGGGUUUGCGCUCCGGGUUUCGAAAUGAUCGCCCCUAAGUAUCACACCGGAUAAAAUGAAUCAGCUGCUUACAGACUGGCGAACAUCCUGCUCGGAUAUAGAUCUGCACUAAGCUAGCUGCUAUCCUGCGGAAGUCCCGGGGCAGGCAGAAGGGGGGAGUUUUUGGCUGUUGGGGAGUGAAUUGGUCUCUGUCGUGGACGCUCUAUGGUGUUUUAUUUGGAUUCUUAUAACAACUGCAUAUUUCUCUUUCCCAGCUGUGCUGCCUCCCAUGGGGGUAAAACUUUGUGAGCGCUUUUAGCGUAUGCCACUGACCUGUGGAUCAGCUCUGUAUGUUAUUAUUAUAUACCUGUUAAACAGAACUGGAGCAUGUCCUUUGCGGAAUGUGACAUUUGUAUCUGCAUAUUACUUUAGCAACCUGAGGUGGAUACUGUGUGUAAGUCCCCCGAGGUGAGCACCUGAGUGAAGUUGGACUUGCAUGCGACCUUUGGAGUGUGACAUCUGGGCCUCUCUGUAGCUGGACUAUUGUCUGACCCACGUGUUGUGCUUCCUGGACCUCUCAGAACAUGAAGCUUAGCCGUCAGAUCACGGUGCUCGGCAGCGCUAUAUUCUGUGUAGUGAUAUUUUCAUUAUACCUGAUGCUGGACAGAGGUCAGUUAGACCAGCCCAAGAACCACUUUCGAGAUGGAGCCUUCCCAAAGGGCCAGCUUUCAAUAUUACAAGAAAAAAUAGAUCAUUUGGAGCGCUUGUUAGCAGAAAAUAAUGAAAUAAUUUCCAACAUCAGGGACUCUGUUAUUAACUUGAGUGAGUCUGUAAAGGAUGGACAGAAAAAUCCAGAAGCUAUAAACUUUAGCCAGGGUUCAUUCUCUUAUGUUAUGCCGCCUGCGCCAGUCAUUCUUCCAAUUAAUGCAGAUGAUUGCCAGUUUAAUUCUGCAAGUGGUGUCCAAAAAUCUAAUGUUCAGAUGCUAGAUGUUUAUGACCACCUUCCAUUUGAUAACCCUGAUGGGGGAGUUUGGAAGCAGGGUUUUGAAAUAACUUAUGAUGAACAUGAAUGGGAUAAUGAACCUCUUCAAGUGUUCCUUGUACCUCAUUCUCAUAAUGACCCAGGUUGGUUGAAAACAUUUGAUGAUUAUUUUAGAGACCAAACACAGCACAUUCUUAAUAACAUGGUUGUGAAGCUUCAAGAAGAUGAGAGAAGGAAAUUUAUAUGGUCUGAAAUCUCGUAUUUUUCCAAAUGGUGGGAUGGAAUAGAUAACCAAAAGAAAGAAGCUGUAAAAAAGUUAAUAGAACGUAAACAAUUUGAAAUAGUAACAGGUGGAUGGGUUAUGCCAGAUGAAGCCUCCCCUCAUUAUUUUUCAUUGGUUGACCAACUAAUAGAAGGACAUCAAUGGCUUGAGAAGAAUCUUGGUGUAAAACCGACGUCGGGGUGGGCAGUUGACCCAUUUGGACAUUCACCAACUAUGGCUUACCUAUUGAAGCGAUCAGGAUUAUCGAACAUGCUUAUUCAAAGGGUUCACUAUUCUAUCAAGAAGUAUUUUUCUACUGAAAAGACCUUAGAGUUUUUUUGGAGACAAAACUGGGAUGUGGGAAGUAGCACAGACAUGUUGUGUCAUAUGAUGCCUUUUUACAGCUAUGAUGUCCCACAUACAUGUGGACCUGACCCAAAAAUAUGUUGUCAGUUUGAUUUCAAGCGUCUUCCUGGUGGGAGAGUCAGCUGUCCUUGGAGGGUACCCCCAGAGGCUAUUCACGAUGGAAAUAUUCAACACAGGUCCUGGAUGAUUUUGGAUCAGUACAGAAAAAAGUCAAAACUCUUCCGUACAAAAGUGCUCUUAGUCCCUCUUGGUGAUGAUUUUCGCUACAGUGACAGCACAGAAUGGGAUCAACAAUACCAAAACUAUCAAAAGUUGUUUGAUUAUAUGAAUUCUCAUCCUGAAUUUAAUGUCAAGGCACAGUUUGGAAUUUUAUCAGACUAUUUUGAUGCACUACGAAAAGCUGGAGAAAUAGAUAAUCCAAAGAGUCCUCCCUUAUUUCCCACGUUGAGUGGCGAUUUCUUUACCUACGCAGACAGAGAUGAUCACUAUUGGAGUGGUUAUUUUACUUCACGACCUUUCUACAAAAGACUUGAAAGAGUCAUUGAAUCACAUCUGAGAUCUGCAGAGAUCCUAUAUUCAUUGGCAAUGGUACAAACACAAAAAUCAAACAAGCUGAAGACUUUUCCGUCAGAAGAGCAUUAUAAAUUGCUGACUGAGGCUAGAAGGAAUUUGGGUCUUUUCCAGCAUCAUGAUGCAAUCACUGGUACUUCAAAAGACUGGGUAGCUGUUGAUUAUGGCACAAGACUUUUUCAUUCUGUAAUGAACCUAAAGAGAGUGAUCAUAGAUUCUGCCCAUGUCCUUGUUUUGAAAGAUAAAGAAACAUAUGUCUAUAAUCCAUCUAAGCCAUUCUUCAGUAUGGAUGACGUCCAACAAACCCAAGACGCAUUGCCGCAAAAGACCAUCAUAAAGAUAACCUCAAAUCCCAAGUUUCUUGUAAUUUAUAAUCCUACUGAACAAGAGCGUUUCUCUGUGGUUUCUGUGUACGUAAGUUCUCCAAAAGUUAAAAUUCUAAAUGCUGCUGGAAAAUCUAUAAAAGGACAAAUAAGUGCUGUUUGGGACAAAGCUGCAACAGUUUCACAGAACAGUUAUCAGGUUUCAUUUUUGGCACAUUUACCAGCCCUUGGCCUUGCAGUCUAUCAGCUGAUGGAAGCAGUGAGUUCAGAUGUGGUCAAGGCAGAUUACACUCAUUUUGUUCGAGGCCAAAGUAACAUUAAAGUCAUUUCUGAUGGGACCUUUAAAAUUAACGAGAGGAACAAUGUUGCUGAUGAUUUAACUAUUGAAAAUGCAUACUUAAAACUUUGGUUUUCAGAGAGAUCUGGACUUCUAGAGAAAAUUCAAACAAAAGAAAAUGGAAAAACUCACAAUGUAAAAGUUGAAUUUACUUGGUAUGGAACUACGAAUAGCAAAGAUAAAAGUGGUGCCUAUCUUUUCCUGCCAGAUGGUGAAGCUAAGCCAUAUGUUAUUCCUGAUUUGCCUGUUGUCAGAAUAACUCAAGGAAGUGUUUUUUCUGAAGUUGUUUGUUUUUUAAACCAUAUGACUCACACAGUACGGCUUUACAAUGUGCAAGGUCUUGAAGGACAAUCUACAGAGAUAUCAAAUAUCCUGGACAUUAGAGGAGAAUUUAAUCGUGAAAUUGUGAUGAAAAUAUCUUCAAAUAUAAAUAGUCAAAACAGAUUUUAUACAGAUCUAAAUGGGUAUCAGAUUCAGCCAAGAAAAACCAUGAGUAAAUUGCCCAUUCAAGCUAAUGUAUACCCAAUGACAACUAUGGCUUAUGUUCAAGACCGUGAAAGUCGAUUAACACUCCAUUCUGCUCAGGCUCUUGGGGUUUCAAGUUUAAAAAGUGGUCAGUUAGAAGUUUUCAUGGACCGCAGACUGAUGCAGGAUGACAACCGUGGUCUUGGGCAAGGUCUGCAAGAUAAUAAAAUCACAUCUAAUUUGUUCAGACUUCUUUUGGAGACAAGAAGUGGAGUAGAUGAGGGAGAAGAUAAAAAGUCAGCUAGUUUUCCAUCUCUCCUUAGUCAUAUAACAUCAACAUUCUUAAAUCAGCCUGUGAUUCCAAUGGCUGUAUCUGAAGAAUUUGCUGUUCCCUCACUAGUAGAUGCCUUUCUCCCACUUAUUGCAUCGUUGCCUUGUGAUGUGCACUUGCUAAACUUGCGGACCAUACAAGCAAAGGAGGGGUCUCUUCCAUCAGAUGAGGCAGCUCUUAUUCUUCAUAGAAAAGGGUUUGACUGCAAAUUUCCAAAUAAAGAUCUUGGACUGCUCUGUUCUACAACUCAGGGCAAGAUUGCUGCACACACACUUUUCAACGGAUUCAGAAUUGAAAGUCUAAUACCAUCUACAUUAUCCUUAAUGCACUCACCUACAGAUGCAAGAAAUAUAAGUGAAAUCAGUAUGAGCCCCAUGGAAAUAUAUACGUUCCGGAUUAAACUGAGAUGAACUUUGAGGUUUCCUAUGUCUAAAAUGCAAUAAAGAAGCACAUUACUGGCCCAGUUGUUGGACACUGUGAGGAUUUACUUUCUAAAAUUUUGAUUGACUGACACCUCCAAAAAAAGCCACUCUGAGAAAAGGCUUUUUGUCAUACAUAGAUGCACCUAGUUUCAUAUGAUGUAAUUUUUUUUAUUUUUGAAAUCUCAGGUCAAAUGAUUUUUUUUGUAUGUCUUUCUUUUCAUGUAUUUAUAAAAAUAACAAUGGACCAUUAUUAUAUAUAUAUUUUUUUUUACAUAAAACAUAUUGGGGCAGGUUACGAGUGGAGCGCCAACAGUUACAGGGGAGUGAUAAGGGGUUUAUCGCAGGUGUUUGCACUCUUCGAGUUUACCUCUGGUAUUACAGGUUGAAAGUAAACGCGGUCACUUGAGUGCAAUCAUCAUUUACGCUAGAAUGAUUACCGCAUUUUCAGAGCUCUGGUUAACAGUUUCUCAAAACAAAAAAGUGUCACAAAAUGCAUCAAAAAAUUACAGAGUGCAGUUACACUCAUAAGAACACCAUCUAACAAUUAUUAAAAAAACAUAUUGCACAAAAAAAGCUAUAAGGGCUCAAAGAUAUGAGGUCUCAGGUGUUAGGGGAAAAAAAAGGCAGGCAAAGGGCUUUAACAUAGAGAUACAUACGUAUACAUGUCUAAGGAUGGGUGUGUGUGUGUAUAUAU